AUGGAUACCCCUUCAAUGGUCCUACUGGGGCUCCUUCUCGCUUAUGGCCUAGUCUGUCAGAUUCAGGGGAGUGUCUCAGACAGCCAGAGCUAUACGGGAGCCCAAGAAUUUGACAGCAGUGAUGAUGGUCUGGAGAGAGAAUUUCUUUAUGCAGGAAGGAGCAAACGUGCUCCCGCUGAACAACCACAAGACAAAUGCUCUUACACUUUCAUUGUACCACAGCAAAAAGUGACGGGAGCUAUCUGCGUCAACUCCAAGGAGCCAGAGGUCACGCUGGAGAAUCGUGUGAACAAGCAGGAUUUAGAGCUCCUCAAUGUGGAGCUGCAAAAACAGAAGAGGCAAAUCGAGACUCUUCAACAACUGGUUGAAGUUGAUGGAGGCAUUGUUAAUGAGGUCAAGCUUCUUAGGAAGGAAAGCAGAAAUAUGAAUUCCAGAGUUACCCAGCUGUACAUGCAACUCCUCCAUGAGAUCAUCCGAAAGAGAGACAAUGCCCUUGAAUUAGCUCAGGUAGAAAACAGGAUACUUAACCAAACUUCAGAGAUGCAAACACUUGCCAGUCGCUAUAAAGACUUGGAGCACAAGUACCAGCACUUGGCCUCUUUGGCCACCAACCAGUCAACUCUUAUUGCACUGCUGGAGGAGCAGUGCCAGGGUCGAACUCCUCCCCGACAUGUCCCGGUGCCACAGCCACGGGCUCAGCCGCCUCGACCGUCACCGCCUCUUAACAAACCAUACCAGCCACCAGUCCUUCCUCGUAUUAACAAACCGCUCAGCAAUGAAAUACAGAGUGAUCAGAAGUCUCUACCACCUCCAACUAUGCCUACAAUCACACAUGACCCAUCUUCCACUGACAAACCCUCUGGUCCAUUUAGAGACUGUCUGCACGCUCUGGACGAAGGCCACAGCCAUAGCGGCAUGUACUUGUUAAAACCAGAGAAUGCCAACCGUCUAAUGCAGGUGUGGUGUGACCAGAGACAUGACCCAGGUGGCUGGACCGUAAUCCAGAGGAGAGUGGAUGGCUCUGUCAACUUUUUCAGGAACUGGGAGACGUACAAGCAAGGAUUUGGAAAUAUCGAUGGCGAGUACUGGCUUGGCCUGGAAAAUAUCUACUGGCUGACUAACCAGGGAACCUACAAACUGCUGGUAACUUUGGAGGACUGGUCUGGCCGAAAGGUGUUUGCCGAGUACGCAAGCUUCAGAGUGGAGGCCGAGGCUGACUACUACAAGCUACGAGUUGGUCGUUAUCAUGGCAACGCCGGCGACUCUCUCACCUGGCACAAUGGAAAACAAUUUACAACACUUGAUAGAGACCAUGAUGCAUAUACAGGUAACUGUGCCCACUACCAAAAGGGAGGCUGGUGGUACAACUCCUGUGCCCAUUCUAAUUUAAAUGGCGUUUGGUACAGAGGUGGACAUUACCGAAGCCGUUACCAAGAUGGAGUUUACUGGGCAGAGUUCAGAGGAGGAGCAUAUUCACUUAAGAGAGUAAUCAUGAUGAUCCGUCCAAAUGCAAACACAUUCCACUAA